GAUAAACUUGAUAAGAGAGAAACAAACGAAAAAACUGAAAACUUGGUGUAAUAAUUCCGGAAACAUUUCUUAAAAAUUAUUCAUGACUUUCAAAAAUCAUUGAAAUUAGUUAGUUUAUUUUAUGAUAAUCACCAACACCGGCGUUAAUGCUCUCUUGUAUUUCUUUAUAAUCGUAAAACAAUAUAUCCUCACUGCCGGGAUGAGUUCGAGGAAAGUAGAAGUAUACGAAAACGAAGACGAAGUAGUCUCGAAAUUAUGUGAAAAACUUCAAAACGCCGCUGACCAAGCACUCGUUGGAGAUGGUAUCUUUAAAAUUGGAUUAUCAGGAGGAUCUUUAGUCAAACAGUUAUCCAAAGGAUUACCGACACUUAACACUGAUUGGUCCAAAUGGAGAUUUUUCUUCUGCGACGAACGCGUUGUACCUUUCGAUAAUGCUGAUUCCACUUACGGUGCUUAUAAGAAAGCUUUCUCCGGUGUCAUUGAUAUCAGUGACGACCAGUUUAUCAAAGUGAAUCCAGAUCUUGAGACCGAAGACGCAGCCAAAGAUUACAUUAAGAAACUAAGCGUUUAUUUCCCACCCAACGACAUUCCACGUUUCGACGUCUUACUCCUCGGUAUGGGUCCAGAUGGUCACACUUGCUCGCUCUUUCCGGGUCAUCCCUUACUCGACGAAACCUCCGUCUGGGUUUCUCCUAUAGAAAACUCACCCAAACCACCGCCUUGCCGAAUCACCUUGACUUUUCCUGUGAUAAAUCAAUCUCAACUCGACAUUUUCGUCGCCGUAGGAGAAAACAAAGCUGGCGUUGUUAAGGAAAUACUAAAAGAUAACAAACCCCUGCCUGCCGGUCGAGUUAACCCUACCAACGGUGAAGUCAUCUGGCUGCUUGAUAAAUCAGCCGCUUCUCAACUUUAAUACUUAUCUGAAAUUUAUACGUGCAAUAUUUAUUAUUUUAUACCUUGGUCGUAUUCGAUACGAAUAAUACAAUAUACGUGAUAUUGAGAAA